AUGGCUGCAUUCACAAAGACCGUAUUGCUGGCCUCGGUCCUGGCAGCUUCGGCGUCGCUCGUUGCCGCAGACUCGUCCUGUGACACCAGCGCCCUCAACACCACCACGGGAACCUAUUACAUUGCCCAGGAAAACACCACCAUCUUUGACGUCGCGGCGGCAACCAACCGCGGAGUAUGCGAUAUCGGCCGCGUCAACUGCAUGGCCGACGUCACCAUUGUCCCCAACGUGGGACAGAACAUCGUGAUCCCGCCCGAGGUCUGCGAGCCCGACAAUGACUCGUGUCUGCUGCCCACCACGCCGUCCAACAAUACGUGCGUCAACGGCGGCCCGCGCCUGUACUACACGGUCAACGGGGACACGUAUGAACGCAUUGCCCAGCGCCUCAACAUCACCGUCGACUCGCUUCUCAAUGGAAACGCGUCCGCGACCGAGGUGCUACCCGUCGGCCAGUUUGUCAAGGUCCCGCUUUGCGAACCCAGUCAAUGCAUUUUGCAGCCCUACCAGUUCACCUACGGCGUGUACAAGGACCUGGCCGAAAAGUACGGCAGCACCGUGGGACAGAUUAUGAUGCUGAGUCCCACGUACAACUAUAGCGAGUACACCUUGAACGGCAAUGUCGCGCCGACCAUUGACUUGCCCAUCAACUGCACAGCGCUGUCGAAAAAUGUCACUGUCAUUUCUUAA